AUGGCUUACCCCAGCGCCCCGGCAGUCGGCGAAAUCUUUGCACCGGCCAAAUACUGUGAUGCCGAAAAACGGAAAGGAAUACAGUAUCCGAAGACGAGGGCAUGCACGGAAGCACGUGUAGCAUGCCCGGAUCCGGAAACCAUUACAGGAGAAGUUGUGCGAUACUGUAGUUGUCAAACUGCAAAGUGGGAAACUCCGGACACGACAAACUGUACCCAUAGAUGGGUAGCUGAAAUGCGGUCUGCCAUCGAACGAGGUGAUCCGGCAGAACAAAUCAGCUAUCGUAUGGCUGCGGACCUCGAGUCAACCCUAUCGAGACAACUUUAUGGUGGCGAUAUUACUGGUAGUGUCUCGCUGAGCACCGAUGUUCUGGCAUUGGCACGAAGUCAAUUCGGCGCCCUUGAUGAUCGAAACCAACGUCAAAUGAGGGCUACAAACUUCACGGAGUCAUUUGGUUCUUCCGGUGAUCAUCUGUUGUCCCCGAAGGCAGUUCCCGUGUGGGAGGAGUUGUCUACACCUGUUCGUAUAGACCAUGCCUCCACACUUAUGGGCGCUUUGGAACAAAGUGCACUACUUCUUGCUGAUUAUACAGUUGAUCAACACAAGAGGUUACAAUAUGAUUACUGGGCAAUGGAAAUUGACGUUCACCGUCCAGAAGCGUAUGUGAGCCGAACGAAUGAGGCACUCAAUUCAGAUGAUGAUUCUCAUGACUCGCCAAUCCCAAUGGACGAUAACUCCCGGCUUAUUGGUACCAUUGCUGGCGCAGCCGCUCCACCUGCAGCUCCUCCUACCACAGUACAAUUCAGUGGAUUCAGUCAGUCACCGAUCAUUACUUUACCACCACUGGAUGUUCUCAGAUCAUCUUCAAUAGCUGCAACCAACCCACAAAUAGGUGCGCCAAGACUGGGAGCGUUCUUCCAUCCUGGAGUGAAGGUAUCCCAACCAUCACUCGAUCGUUCUCGCCUACGCCUUGGUUACUAUGUUUUCACUACCUUUGGUCAACUGCUGGGCCAGACACCAGACGUCAUUGUGAACAGCCAUGUGAUUGGAGCAUCUGUAGACGACGCCACAAGGAGCUUGACGCUUCCAGAAGAUGAACCGGCUACGUUCACUUUUUAUCAUUUGAUAAAGAAUGGUGUCAGCAAUCCACGAUGUGUUUAUUGGAACUUGAAUAACAAGACCUGGAGCACGGAUGGUUGUCGUCUGAUCUCAACGAAUGAUGAUGCAACACAAUGUGCAUGUAAUCAUCUAACGAGUUUUGCAAUCCUUAUGGACGUGUCUGGUCAAGUGUCAAAAUAUGCUGGGACGAUGUCCGCUGCCCUCGAUGUGGUGUCGAUCAUCGGCUGUGCCCUUUCCGUGGUGUGCCUAGCGCUUUCCCUAUUCGUCUUCACAUUUUUCAGAUCACUGUAUAAUGUUCGGAACACCAUACAUAGGAAUCUCUGCCUGAGCUUAUUGAUCGCUGAAUUGGUUUUCAUGAUAGGAAUUGAUCGUACCGAGAAUCAGGUUGGCUGUGCGGUUGUGGCUGUUUUGCUACACUAUUUCUUUUUGGCCGCGUUCUGCUGGAUGCUUCUCGAAGGGUACCAGUUAUAUCUAAUGCUGAUUCAGGUGUUCGAGUCAGACAAGACCCGGCUGUUCCUCUACUACAAGUUCUCGUAUGGAUUCCCAGCUGCGGUCGUCGCUAUAUCAGCUGGUGUCACGUGGCAUAAUUAUGGAACCGAUGAAUACUGUUGGAUUGACACUUCAUCAUCGACCCUAUGGGCAUUCAUUGGACCUAUCAUUGGCGUCAUUCUAGCCAACGUCAUUUUCCUCGGCAUUGCAUUAAAGGUGGUGUUAUCGGUGAAGAGCCGGGAUCGCAACGAUCGUGAAAGGUUUUUGGGAUGGAUCAAAGGUUCCGCAACAUUGCUGUGUUUACUUGGAGUCACAUGGGUUUUCGGAUUCCUCACAGCCGUCCGUGGUACCGGUGGAGUGGUCUUUUCCUGGAUCUUCACCAUACUGAACUGUUCUCAGGGAGUAUUCAUAUUUGUUCUACAUGUUCUAAUGAACUCCAAAGUGCGCUUGACGGUGGUUCGUUGGCUACGAAGUGGUGUAUGCUGCCUUCCUGAUAAAUCCAGCGCCGACAACAGCAGGGAAUACAUCAGUAGCCGUCAACGGAUUAUGAACAUGAUGAAGGCAAACUCUCAAAGUGGGAGCAGCCCUAACACCGCAAGCACGGAUGACAAAGAGAAGCAACUCACUCCUACCAGUAUGUUUUCCCGCAUAUUAGCUUUGUGA